AUGACGUUCUUUACGAUUGAAGACUUUAAAAUUGCUUUCAACUUCUUUUGUACCGUGUAUGGUAUUGGUACACUAGGUCUGCCAUCCAAUUUUGCUCGUUCGGGUGCUACGCUGGCCACGAUCGCUCUCGUCUUUAUGGGGUUUGCCAAUGUUUGCUCGUGCGUAGCUCUUUCACGCGUUAUGUUGGCUGCUCCCAAGAAUGUCAAGACAUAUGGUGACGUAGGUGAAUGGUGCUGCGGUCAGAUUGGACGCUACGUCGUGCUAUUCGUCCAAUUUGGCGUGUGCUGUUUGGUGCCGUGUGCAUUCUUGGUACUGGGUGGUAUCCUGCUCGACGGUAUCUCUCCGGACGCGUUUGAUCAGCAGUACUGGAGUAUCAUCAUGGCUGCAAUGCUGCUACCGGUUAUUCUGACGCCAACGCUCAAGGAAGGUGCUGCUGGUGCUUUUGCUGGAUGUCUUGGGACGGUUCUUGCUGAUGUGAUUGCACUUGGUGUGCUAAUAAAAGGCAUUGGUUCGGACCACCCUUCCGUGAUCAGCCCCGAUUUUGACUUGGGUCAUGUGGCGAGCUCAUUUGGAAACCUGGCUCUGGCCUUCUCUGCUACUGUAAUGGUUCCUGCUCUUCAGCGUGAACACUCAGAACCAGAGCGUAUCCCCCGUGUCAUCGCCACGACCAUGAUCUUUACGACAUGUCUUUUUCUAAUCAUUGGUACAACAUCAUACUCUUUCGUCGGGUGCCAGAUGCCUGGUAACCUGCUCUUCGCGAUCGGUGGCACGGCAUUGAACCUGAACGCGAACCGCGGUGUUGUCGUGCUUGCUUACAUGUUCAUGCAGUUGCACAUCACCAUCGCCAUGUCUGUGAUCCUGAACCCCGUGCUUUACAUUGCUGAACGUGGUAUUUUGGGCAUGCAUAAGCGUCCUGUGCUUCCUGCUGGCAGCGGGGAGUCUUCAGUAUUUGAAAUAAUUGACACGCCGCUGAAAGACCAUUCCAUUGCUAUCGUUGACAACAUGGGCCAGUCUGUCAUGCCUUCAACUGACGCUGAGUACCUUUUGUCACAGAAGGCUUUGCUUGACGAAUACCACAACAGCGGCUCCGUCGUGAUCGCGAAAUACGUGACGCUGCGCAUCAUUGUUGUUGUGGUUCUUCUCAUCAUUGCCAUUAUUUUCAAGGACCAUUUCGUAGACUUCACUGACUUUGUCGGUGCUUGGGCUGUAUCAAUGGCCUGCAUUCUUCUGCCGAUUUUCUUCUACCUCAAAGUGUUUUGGCAUCAAAUUCCAUGGUACGAGAAGGUGUUGGGCACAUUUAUCAUCCUCAUCUGUGCUGCGCUAGGUGGGUAUGUGACGUAUACGACGGGAAAGAACCUCUUUUUGAACAUUGUGAGUGACAAGACGUUUCAAUACUGCCCGUCGGGCUACGAUAUGGUCGUGUAUACAAACGAGACUUUCUACGACAACUACUAG